GUCAGCUAGACGGUGUUGGCGUUCGCCUCUCAACGGUGCCGAGCGGCUCCCUCCCUCCCGGGUGUCCCCGGGGCCCCCCACCCCCACCCCGAGAGACCCCCCCCCCCCCACCCCCCCUCCUCCCAGGUUACAGCAACACAGAGACGGCCAACCUGCACCUGACAUCGGACGGGGCGUACUCCCUCCGCGGCCUCGUCCUGCACCACAGUGACCACCCCUGGGACCUCUCCGCACGCCCGGAGUCGGCCGGCCGAGAUGGGGCCGACCCCCCCGACGGGGCCCUGGGCGAGAGGGCGGGACCCCCGAACCAGGCGUCCUGCGCCCACAGCGAGGAGACGAGGCUGGGGCUCCUGCGGGCCAUGCACAGCCUGGCCAAGCUGACCGCACGCCACGUGGCCACGGCCUUCGACCUGUCCCGCUUCGCCUCUGCCUGCGACCUGGGAGGCUGCACGGGCGCCCUGGCCCACGCGCUCGCCCGGGAGCACCCGCGGCUCCGCGUGACCGUGUUCGACCUCCCAGAGGUCCUCCAGCACGUCGCGGGUUUCCAGCCCGACGGACCGCGCACGGAGCAGGUCAGCUUCCUGCCAGGCGACAUCUUCGAAGACAGCCUCCCGGAGGCCGAUCUGUACGUUGUCUCCCGAAUCCUGCGCGACUGGCCGGACGGCAAGGUUCAUGAGCUGCUGAGCCGCGUCGCGCGCGCCUGCAAACCAGGCGGCGGCCUCCUGCUGGUGGACGUGGCGGCGGGGCCCGAGGCGGAGGCGGAGGCGGAGGCGGAGGGGCUGCGGCGGCGGGGCGGCGGGGAGCGGAGCGCGGCCGUCUACGCGCACCUGCUGCGGCGCCUCGGAUUCGCGGACGUGCGCGCGGCGGGCGCGGGGGGCCGUCCGCUCGCGCUCCUGGGCACCCGGGGCGCCCCCUGACCCGCGCUGUCCCGGCCCCCGGGCUGCCCCCGCGGGAUGCAUGAGUCCGGCCCCAAGGCCCGCUCCCUGGUGGGCUGGGAAAACGGGGUGCCGUGGGGGCGGGGGCGGCCCCCACGCCUCUCCCACCGCCCGCCGUCCUCGCGCCUCCGCCACCUGCGCCCACGCAGGGCCCUAUGAUUGACAGUUCCGUCGGCCACGCCCACCCUGCACCGCGCGUGCGCGCGCCCAGCCUCCCCUCUCUGCAGGGAGGGGACCCCCGCGCCCACCCGGCCAGGCUCUUCCCGCCAGUGUCGCUGAUCCGUGUUGGGCAAACAGCAAGCCCCCGCGAGGAACUCGGCACAGCAGGCAGCUGCAAGGGUGGAGCACCUUAGACGGGGCUGUUCGGAUACAAGGUCGCCAUUAGGAAACACUGUCACCAGUAGAGACGAUUUCUGAAACAGACUGUAACCAAAAAAAAUUAGGAGCGCCACCGGAAGGACCUGCAACUGGAACACACGACCAUGCACUCGGGGCUUUCGGAAGAAAAAGGAAAAAAAAAAAAAAUUAUUAGAAAAAACGCCCAACUGUGCGAUGGGGUCACCUUCCGACCGGCCCCCCUGUGGGUGUGACAGGUCAGUCUCGCUGUCCAGCUCAGGCCACCACAGGUCACGAACGGACAGACCUACGGGCCUUUGGAUAAACUGUUUCUCUGUGGAAGAUAUUUUAAAUAAAUUCAACACAAAUUACGCAUUUUAUAUAUAAA